AUGGUCAUUGCGAUUGCUCGAGCCGGCCUGGCUGAUCUGCGAGCCUUGGCGGAAAUCAACCAGAGAACGUCCUCCCAAGAGCCAGUGUUUCGGUUCGCGUUCAAAGACGGGGCGGAUAGGCAAACCUUGGUCGGGUUCUUCGAAGUGAGAAUCGCCAGCCGCUUCGAUGACCCCCUCACCGAGAUCUUCAAGGCUGUCGAUGACUCCACCGGCGAAAUCGCAGGUUACGCUUGCUGGACCCUUGAACCACUCGGCAAAGCCAAAGAGCCGCCAACUGGAAAAGUGAUUCAGAACGUGGAUAUGUCCUGCAUGAACCUCGAUUUCGUUAUGGCUGCUGGGGUCAUAGCGGAAAAGCUGAACAAGUAUAGGAAAGGAGAAGAGCACUACUACCUAUCAGGUUUCGCAGUAACGCCUCUGCAUCAGGGGCAGGGCAUCGGCACACAACUCCUCAAGCACUGUCUCCAGCUCGCUGACAAGGCGUCGCUCCCCACCUGGCUUACCGCGCUUCCUGGGUCGCAUACCUUGUAUUUGCGUGAAGGGUUCACUGAUGUGGAUCACCAAGACUUCGACUUGAAUUCGUGGGACAGGGAUCGCUGUCGUGGUUAUGGAAUUUACAGGCAGUACGCCAUGGUAAGACGAUCGUCUUGA